GUGACUCCAUCGGCAGCAGUACAGCAUAUGCCCUGGGAUAUUACCCUCCAGUCCUCCUAAGUCCAAAUGUGCUUCACGCAGAAAAAAAGUCCACAAGUGGCUUCCUGGAUUUCCAAAUAAGGCUGAAACCCUUGCAAAUCCUUGGAUCUCGGUUCCGUGCGUUUUCUGUUUACAUAAUACGAAAGCAAUUCAUCUUCACAAGGUUCGAACUCUGUAACGACUUAAAUCCCUUUUCUUACUUGCUUUAGAGUUCAGACUUUGUUUUUGUUACAGCCUUCUUUUACAAACCCCCACCCCCAGCAAGCAACAUUGAAGAAAUAAAUGCUACUGUUUGUUCACAACGGAUUCUGCUACCAUUAGUUUUGUUGGAUUUGGUGAUAGUCUUUGAAUUGAUUUCUUGCUCUACAUUUUCUUUUUUUUUUUUCCUAUGAUAUCUUGGCGUGAAUAGGGUUCUGAGUAUUAUCUGAGUUGUGCUAUGGGAAGUAUCUCUGUCCUCGAGGGGUGCCUCAUUUUUUAAAUUUCGGUAUCGUUAAUCAGAUUGUUGCAUCUUCCUGAUAUCAGAGAAGAGCGGAUGAAAUAACAAUUAAGGGAAGUAAGCGGCUUAAUGCAGAUAUUCUGUGGUCUAGCUACUGCUGUUGUAGCUGCUUAGCAAGUUCUUGAAGUCUUUGAGAGAAAUGGCCGCCUGUAGUCGAUCGUCCGGUAGUGAUCAACCUUCUAUCAAGUAUAUGUGGACUAAGCCUGGGGCAGCAUCUUUUGAGCUUUCUGAUUUUGAUCAAGAGGGAAAUGUCUCCAAACUAUCUGGUUCUUAUAGACAACAUAGUAAACUAUCCGAACCAAAGACUUCUGAAAUACUGAGCACAGCUGAAUUUGUGUCUGCAGUUGGCAGAUUAUGGAAUUGGGCUAACCGUCCUCUUUCUGUUUUUCAACCUAAAACAAAUGCAAAAUACACUGAUUAUGGUUACCAGAAACAGAAUAUGCUAUGUUAUUCGGGUGCAGAAGCAAAUGGAAAAGCUUCUAUUUCUGCUGAUACCAAAUGCUUCUGCACUGAUGUGAUGGAUGACAGUUAUUUCCCACAGGUGGUAAAUUCAGAAUUUGAGUGUUUGAAAGUAACCCAGAAGAUUUCACUGUUUGAUCCUUGCAAUGGACAUCGUUCUCAUUUGUCUUUUGGAAGAUAUCUACAGACCAGUGAUUCCCAGUUACCUGUGGAGUCAUGGAAAGGGAAGGGGCUCAUAAGUGUAGGUAUUUCAUAUAAUCUGGGAGAAAUAUAUGGAUGGAUACGUCAAAUUCCUUUUCUUGGACCAAAGUCUUCUGUGAAUGCCAUCCAUAGCAAGAACAAUAAAGAGGAUCAAGGCUGUAUUUCUGGAGGUACUAUCACUCCAGUUGGCAUUUUCACCAGGGAGAGUUCUGAUUAUAGUACUUGUGUAACCAAACGUGAAGAUUCUUUAUUGGUUGAGAAUGCGGCAUCUGAACAUCAUGCACAGAUGCCUGUUAACUCUCUUUAUUCAGAUUAUCAUUUCGAUCUUGUUUCAAAUAUAGAGGCAAACUCUGUUGUACCAAGGACUUCAAGUUCCAAUCUUUACUUGGACUACCAUACUGACUUGCCAUCUUUGAGUAAUUGUAUAUUUGAAGAAUGCAAACACACAUCAGAUGAUGAGGAAAUGCUCAAGAAUGGAAAAAGACAAGUCAAAGAGCUUGUCCUUGAGCAUGGACAUACAACAGAGCUUCGCUCAUCAGUACAGAAUAAAUCUGGUUUUGCCCUUGGAAAGAAAAGACAUGCUUUUGCGGGUGCAUUGGCUGGGACAUGUGUUAGCCUCUGUCUGCAUCCUGUUGAUACUGUUAAAACUGUCAUUCAAUCUCGUUACAUGUAUGAGAAGUCUAUUGGUCACAUUGUCAGAUCUAUUAUAUCUGAAAGAGGUGUAACAGGAUUCUAUCGUGGAAUUGCAAGCAACAUUGCUUGUUCAGCACCUAUCUCUGCAGUUUAUACCUUCACAUAUGAAUCGGUUAAGGGAGCUCUGCUUCCCAUCUUGUCUAAGGAAUAUUAUUCUAUUGCACAUUGUACAGCAGGUGGUUGUGCCAGCAUAGCCACUUCAUUUAUUUUUACUCCUAGUGAACGCAUAAAGCAGCAGAUGCAAAUUGGUUCUCAUUAUCAAAGUUGCUGGAGUGCUUUGGUUGGAAUUCUUGAAAGAGGUGGCUUGCGCUCACUUUAUGCUGGGUGGGGUGCUGUUCUUUGCCGGAAUAUUCCACACUCUAUCAUCAAGUUUUACACCUAUGAAAGCUUAAAGCAAUUAUUCUCAUCAUCAGACUCUAAUGCCCAUCCAACUACAUUUCAAACGCUAAUUUGUGGGGGGCUAGCUGGAUCUACUGCAGCAUUUUUUACAACUCCUUUUGAUGUUGUGAAGACAAGAUUACAAACACAGAUUCCUGGUUCUUCCAGACAAUAUGAUGGUGUAUUUUGCACCCUUAAAGAAAUAGCCAGGCAUGAAGGCUUUAGAGGUCUCUACAGGGGAUUGACUCCAAGAUUGGUUAUGUAUAUUUCUCAAGGAGCAAUAUUUUUUGCAUCAUAUGAGUUUUUUAAAAGUAUCUUAACAUUGGAGAUACGGCAAUUACGUGCUGAGACAAUCAGAAAUGAACAAAAUUUAGAUAAUGAGCUGACAUCACCAUCAUUGCAUUCAUGAUGAGUCGAGAACAAGGCGAUUAUCAUUUUCUUUGGAGGGCAUGGACUCAAAGAAAUGGGAGAGCUGCUUCAGAAUGAUCCUGGAGACCCAUCAGUUGGAAAGUGGCAAACCAACUGGUUUGAGCAAAUCGGAAGUGGAAUACACUGCAGGAUGCUUCUCGGCUUACAAUAUGGAUUUGGUGCUCUUUAUUCAUACGAUAUGUUGCUGGAAUGCUAAUCCUCGUGGUAAAUAUGCUCUCUUUAGAAGCUUGGCAGCAGCUCGUCAAGGUAGCACUGAUGGAUUUGUAAGCAUUAAAGCACCUCUUUGAUGACCUGAUUUAUAAGAGUUGAAGCAACCCGUUUGACGACCUGUUUGUGGUUGAGGUUUCACUUUCAAAGACCAGAGUGGUCACAUGGAGAGGAUGGUGAUAAUCGUUCUCGUUGAUGGUCAUUCAUAUAUAUUUUUUUCUGUUUAUUCUUGUGUUCUUUGGUUUCUUUUCUGUUUUUCUUGUAAAUAGAAGUUGCAUACAGUUUGUUAGCUCAAUAGUUCCACUUGAAGGUUUGAACAAGCGCAAAGUGUGUUCUAUAUUUCCCCAGUUUUGCUAGCUGAGGAUCGGUGCCCAUUAACUUGUUAAUAACCACCAUGUUUUCAUUCCUGAUGUAUUAUUUAGAUGUUUAUUGUGGAUAAUUUGGUGAUUCUUUUUA